ACGAGGUUCGGUGAAGUUUAGAUCCAUCGGUAUUUACGAAUUUCUUAUAUCUCCUGUAAACGCGUGCUGCAAUCAGGUGCUUUUAUCACACGCCUCGUGGAAUUCGCAAGAAGUCAUGAAAAUAAUGAAGAAAUUCUUAAUUUUAAUAACUGCGGUCGUUUUUACCACCGGUCAGAGUAUCGACGAGUGCCUGAAGCAAGACAGCAUAUCCUGCGUGCAGAAGACUCUAUAUAGGACCGCCAAAGAAUUCUUUGCCAAGGAUAAAUUAGAGCUUAUAAACGGAGUCAGUCUCGUGAAGAGUAAUGUCAAUGCCAGAUCUAUCAAGGAACUUACUUAUGAUCAAGAGAUGGAGGCCACUAAUAAUAUCGUGGAAAGACAAAAUUCUCUCGAAAACUUCAUUAGUGAUGAAGCUGGGCAAUUUUUGACCGGUCGCAAUCUUAGGAUCAAUCUUGCACCUGCUUUUGAGAAAAUCCAAGAAUCGGUUCGUACCUUUAGUGAAUCUGCUCCACCAGAAAUUCGUCAAGCUGUCAACGAGAUUGUUGAAGCGCGAGGCAAGAAGAAAAAAGGAUCUCUAAAAGGAAUCUUACCCCUCCUGGUUGCCGCGAAAAUAAAGUUUGGUAUUUUGGGAGUUCUCUUAUACUUUGUCACCGGAUUCUUAGCGAAAAGGGCGAUCCAAGCGUCCAUCAUUUCCCUCAUCAUCUCUGCCUUCGUCGGUAUGAAAACAUUCUGGUCAGGCAAAAACAACCACCACGACGUCACUCCUUACAAUGGUGGCUGGAGUGGUGGAUUUUCAAGUCCUGUUAGCGGUGGAUGGCCAAGUCCCGUUAACAGUGGAUGGUCCAAUUCCGUACCUGGUGGAUGGAGCAAUGGUGGUUCUUCCGGUUGGGAAGAUUCUCAUUACGCGCAAAACCAAGCAUAUAAUGGAUAUCAUCACUAGUGAUCGUUGAUACUUUCUUCUUCUAUUUCUUUUUUUUUAUUAAUCAACGGCUAGUGGAAAGAACGGGAUGUCGGUGGAAGUCAGAUGAUUUUUAAGCCUCACGUUGAUUUUCAUUCAUAUAAUCAUGGAGAUAUUUAUUUUUAUUUA